AUGUCUCAAGUUGGAUCGUCCACAUCUAUGCUCCGUAAUAGAUCUCCUCGCAUGAGACUGACUGCAGAGGAAAGAGUAUUUGGGCCAUCAUUUUACCCCAGAGGAAGAAGGGCACUUGGAUCCAAAUAUACUUGGGGUCUUCUGGCUAGUGCAAUCCUUGUGGUGUUAUCAGCUGGUGCGAUUUUCCUCUUAGGAGUCAACAUUGUAAUAGAGUAUCGGACUAUUGUGCCUGAAGAUCGGUCAGGCAUGACCCGAAAAGCAGGCUACAUUGUUUUGAGUGCUAUGGGAAUUUAUGCUUUACAAACAUUGAAUGUUUGGUUUUACAAGAAGGUUCGUGCUGCUGCAUCGAGACAGCCUAAUUACGAUAGACUUCCCACCGAGGUUGAAAGCUACGAGAUGUCAGAUCGCUCGUGA